CACAAUAUGGCGGCGACAUCGUCAACGUAUAACCCGGACCAUCUCGGUUUGCGUUUAUUCUUUGUAAAUACGAUGACUAUGUUAGCUUGACUGGCUAUAUCCCGACGAAAGACGCUUGUUUGUGUGGAAUACGUGUGAUAAAAAUGUCCUUACUAAGUCUACAAGACUCUGAUUGACCAUCUCGGUGAGGACAUCGCUUUUACGUGUUUGCUGUGAACCACUGUGAUUAUUUCUAGCCGACAUUUGCAGCUCAUUACAUGUAAUUAGAGAAGGGAGCUUUGGUCACAAUGGAGCUAAAGUAGCAGACAGAUGAGACCUGAUCAUAGUUUGUGGACACCUCCUCUAAUCUUGUCCAGCUGAGGACAGAGAAACUGGAGAUGGUUUCAGAGUGGACCCAGAACUACUGACCAAGCAAAAAAAAAUUGAAGAUCCAUGUCAUAUGACUGAGAAAGAAGAAUCUCAAGUGGAGCGAGAAUGUCUGAGAUGAUGAAGGUUGAAGCAGAUGAACCUGGAGGGUUCAGUUUGGAGCCUCCUAUACCUGCAACAUUCACAUCAGAUCUGGAGGAGACACAAGACAACAAAGAUCUCAUGCUGCCACUCCAUCAGAUGUUGGUGAUUAAAGAGGUUCCUCAUGAUUGGACCCCGAGUUUGGGCCAACAGGACCCUGACAACCCCCACAUAAAGGAGGAAGAGGAGGAGUUGUGGAUCAGUCAGGAGGAAGAGCAGCUUACUGUGAAGAUUGAAGAUGAAGAGAAACCUCAGUCAUCAGUGAUCUAUCGCAACAAAACUGAAGACAAGAUGGAGGCGGCAGCUUUAACCACUUGGUCAGUUGAACAGAUGGAAACAGAAUCUAAUGGAGAAGAAUGUGAAGGACCAGAACCAGACUGGAACCAAGUUCCAGUGGACUCUUUUCGAGAAAAUAAGAUAAAAGUUAAAUUAGGUACAAGAGGCAAAAGAGCUAAGUUUUCCAAACGUACGGCUCAGGCUGGAGUCCAUGUAAGAGAGGAGCUAUUCGGUUGCAGUGUUUGUGGCAAAGGUUUCAAAAAUAAGACUUCUGUCAAAAUCCACAUGAUGAUUCACACUGGAAAGAGAACGCAGUACUGUGGUUUUGUGGGAAAGGGUUUAUUGGAAAGUGCCGUCUUCAGACACAUAUGCGACUCCACACCGGAGAGAAACCAUUUGCAUGUGACUAUUGUGGUAAAGCGUUUCACGCAAAGAACUUUCUUAAGACUCAUGUGAUAAUCCACUCAGAAGAAAAACCUUUUUCUUGUGAGGUUUGCGGUAGAAGAUUUCAUAGAAAGGAUAGUAUCAAACAGCACAUGCGGAUCCACACAG